UUCCUUUUUAAGGAACAUUGUUCGCGUUGCAAGCCAAGCCGGUGCCAGACCUGCGAGCCAUUCAGGAACCGGACGUGGCCCUGCUACCGGCAAGUGUCCUCCGCCCACACCCGGCGCUUCAGCUGCUUCCAAAUCCUUCGGCGGGCAUCCUUCGUGCAGGCCCCAGCCCGCAGGCGUGGGGCUCGGCUGCCCCCAAGCUUAGCUCACCCCCAGCCGUAUCGCUGCAGGAGUCUCCCGUUUCCAUAAAGCCGAUCUUCCCAUGGGAAACGAGUGUGGGGGAUUAGCUGCGUGACCUCGGCAGGCACUGCCCCGUGCCAGGAAAGCAGUUCCCCCCAGCAGCCUUGGUGGUCAUGGUGUUUCCUCUGCCAAUACUUGAAAGAGGCUGAAUAGUUGAGGGGUGGUCAGAGCAGACACAUCAGAGAUGGUUCCUACUUGGCCGGUCGCUGAGGAAGAAACUGAAGUAGCCACAACCUGGGAGGAGCUGGAAGCUGCAGGAGACGCGGAGCAGGCAGCACAUGGUUCAGACCCCUUCCCAGGUGGUUGGUGUUUGCCCAGAGGGAAGAAGAUGACAACCUUCUCAGGAUCUUUCCUGUUACCUGCUGAAGCACAGCCAGUGUCAUUAAGUCCAGGAUCAAACACUUGUAAAGGACCUCCCAAUCAGGAUUACAACACCAACCAAGAGGCACAUGAAUCCCAAGCCCUGGGCCCGGCUCACACAGCCCCAUCUCCCUCCGCACCACAGAGUGACCCUGCAGCACCCUGCAGCCCAUUGCACCCAUCGCUGUGCGGGAGCACCUGCAAUUCCUGUGCACAAAGGCCAGAAGCGCCGCAUGAAGCUUCUGCAAAAGUGGCUCCAGGAUCCCGACUGCUGCUCCUGCUGCUGCUGCUUGUGGGCAUUGCGGCUGUCCCAGGAAUCGGUGCCGGCUCCCAGUCUUACUGGUAUUUCUAUAUGGGGGUGUCAGAUCCUGGCCCGGACAUGCUUGACUUCACUGCCGUGGGUUACAUGGGCGACCAGCAAAUUCUCCAUUACAACAGUGAGACACAGAGACAGGAGCCACGUGGUAACUGGGUGCAGGGGGCCGUCGGCUUGGACUCCUGGAACAGGGAAACCAGGACAUUGCAGGGCCGGCAGGAGGUAUUUAAAUGGAACCUGCUCGCCCUGCAGCAUCACUACAAGCAGACCAGUGGGUCUCACACUCUCCAGUUCAUGUACGGCUGUCAACUUGGAGAAGAUGGCUGCACAAGAAGAUACAUGCAGUUUGGUUACGACGGGGGAGACUUCAUCAGCUAUGACCUGGGAAUGCGAACCUCAGUAGCAGAAACAACGCAGGCCCAGGUCACCCAGCGCAAGUGGAAUGAGGAUAAGUACAGACUUCAGUACCUUAGAGCCUACCUGGAGGGGACCUGUAUCGAGUGGCUGCGGCAGUACCUCCAGCACAGGGAGGCAAUACUGCAGAGCAGUGAGUCCCGGUGUCACCGCCCAGGGCAGCACUGACCAGGGCAAACCCUCCCCUGGGUAACACCUGCCCUGUCCCCUGUGUCUGGGGUGGCGAGCAUUGUGUCUUGGUCUAGGGUGCGCUUCUAUGCUGAGCCACCUGCGUCACUGUGCCCAGCCCAAAACCAAGUCUCAAGUGCCUCCCUUGGGGUGCCUCCACCUGGCUGACCCCCUUCCUGGAGCACACCUGAAAGCCUGGGGUACCACUGCCACCACCCAGACUCAGAUCCUUGUCUGGGCCCUGUGCCUCCCGGGAUACACGGAUCCUGUAGACCAAGGGGUUGCUUAGCCCUAGCAGGAUAUUCCUACAACCUGAAACAGAGAAAGUAGCCUUCCAUAGUCAGCCGAGUAAACGGAGCAAGAAGGCCUGCCCAAUCCCUCUUGUGCAUGUACACAGGUUGGCUGUAACAUAGUUUUAAUAGCUAGAGAAGGUAGACAUGGGGAGAGGUACAAGUCAGAAGUAGCAAAGGAAUGACCCUGAGCAAAGAGAAGUGGCUCAGCAAAGCCUCUUGAUAUGCUUCUAGAGCAUUGUUGCUGGCUAAAUUUCAAGUAAGUUACAGACAUGUUCAUCUGGAGACGGAAAGAGCUCCAGAGGCUGUGUGCUUCCUUUAUGUUCCCAAAUCCGUUUGCCACUUCCUCAUAGAGGGGCUAUUUUAUACAUCAGUUGUGACCUCAUCACUUAGUUCCCAUCAGAAGCAGACCCAUUGGCUGCUGACCCGUGUUUCCAAAUGACAUCAGACUGAUCAGGUGAGAGGACUAGCUACAUGACCAACAAGGGCAGGAACCUGAGACAAAAGGAGCAGGUUCCCCAUCCCUUUGGAAUUGUUACAGCCCAGCUUGUCAUACAGGCACCAUGGUAACACAGGAAGGGGGGUGGGCUGCUCCCUUAAGGCAUUGAGGCAAACGGGGUGAUUUCUCCACAAGUAAGACCCACCCCCAGCCCCUGUGCCCGGGGUGGCGAGCGCUGCAUCUCGGUCCUGCCGCUGGACAAGACCCCAGCGCUGCUGCGGGACCCGGUGCCCCUGUCCCUGCCCUGCUUAGGCCUCCCCACUGGGCAGAGCCCACGGGGUGUCCGUGCCCCGGCCACGUGUCUGAGAACCAGAGAUCGGCUGUACGGGGCCCCGUUCCUGCAGCCCCGAGCCCAGCGCAGCCGUGUCCCCGUCCCCCGUGCUCCCGCCCCGACGCUGUCGGCUCCUGCCGGAAAUGGGCGCUGGAGCCGGUUUGUGUGGCCCGGUGCAGGGCCA